CACAGGAAAGAGAUCACUUCAAUAUUGAAUACCAUCUUCUUCUUUCACUCAUUUGUCCUUUUGGCCACCUCCACAAAUCAUGGCAUCAAAAUGCAACUCCAUCCUUCUUUCAAAAUAUCAACACAAUAAUUCCAAAACCAUAAGGUGACAUUUUUUCCUCUAUAUAAACACAUAUCCAAAGAGAGAGAGAGGUUGAAAACCAAGCACAUUAUUUGCAAACCAUAACUUGAGAAGAUGAUGUUGUUCCUCACUCUACUUUGUUUCUCAUUCUUCUCAAGUGUUCAAAGUGAUCUUCAGUUAGGGUUUUACAGCAAGACAUGUCCAAAAGCUGAGCAACUCAUCCAAGAGUUUGUCAAGCAACACAUCUCAAAUGCACCAUCUCUUGCUCCUCCUCUUCUCCGGAUGCAUUUCCAUGAUUGCUUUGUUCGAGGUUGUGAUGCGUCGGUGUUGAUAAACUCGACAAACAACAAUCCGUCGGAGAAAACAGCCAAUCCAAACUUGACUUUACGUGGCUUCGACUUUAUUGAUAGAGUGAAGAGUUUGGUUGAGAAUGAGUGCCCGGGUGUUGUUUCUUGUGCUGAUGUUCUUGCACUGACUGCAAGAGAUGCAGUUGGAGUUAUUGGAGGACCGUUUUGGCGAGUUCCAACUGGAAGAAGAGAUGGAGUCAUAUCAAAUCAAUCGGAAGCAAAUUCACAGAUUCCGGCACCAACAUUUAACUUCACACAACUUCAGACUUCUUUUGCAAACAAAGGACUCAAUUUGACAGAUCUUGUUUUGCUAUCUGGAGCACACACAAUUGGAGUAGCACAUUGCUCAUCAUUCAGCAACAGGUUAUACAACUUCACAGGAAAGGGAGAUCAAGAUCCAUCACUGGACUCAGAGUAUGCAUCAAAUCUGAAACAAAACAAGUGCAAGAGCAUCAAUGAUAACACAACAAUAGUUGAGAUGGAUCCAGGGAGUUUUCUGACAUUUGAUCUUGGAUAUUACAAGCUUUUACUGAAGAGAAGAGGACUAUUUCAAUCAGAUGGAGCUCUGACCACCAAUAAUGGUACCAAGUCUUCCAUUAUUGCCCUUGUUGAUAGCCCUUUGAGUACUUUCUUGGGGGAGUUUGCUUUGUCAGUGGAGAAGAUGGGAAGGAUUGAUGUUAAGACUGGUUCUUCAGGGGAGAUUAGAAAGCAUUGUGCUGUUGUUAAUAGUUAAUUAUGUUUGAUUAAUUAUUGUGUUUUACUUUUAAUGAUUUGUUUAUAUGUUAAUAAUGGUGGUGAAAAUUAUUAUGUUGGUUGUAAUGUUUGAUGUUUUUAAAUAAAUGAGUUAAAAGGAGGUGUUUGUGUUUGUUGGAAUAA